AUCAGGAAUGUGGCUGGAUCCCAUAUCUUCCAUCACAAGCAUUUCAUACUCCUUCCCCAAGCAAAAAAAUCAAUUUGAUGACUCACCUUCAGUUCCUCUCUCUCACCUUCCAUAUUCAUAUCCUUCACUUCCUCUGUUUCUCUAGGUGAGUUUUUAUGUUUGGGCCUCAGCAGCAGACAGUCCAGUAGGCCUCCGUUAUCCUCCAUUCUCGUAAUGCAAACGGUGGUAAUGUAUUUCACCUUUUUUAACGGUAUUUUUCAUUAAAUUUUGCGUUGUAAAAAGUCAUGUUGCUUGAUGCACUCAUGCACACAGCCACCAGGUCCAGUAUCAUCAAUCCUUGUUUCUUUCUUGUUUGGUUUGGGAGAUUUUUGUUUCUUUCCAACAUGUGGAGAAGUCGGAAGUUAGGAAUGGAAAAGAACCGCUAGGAAGUUCUCCAUUUUUUGGCAAAGAAGAUUGGUCUUGGUAUGGGUCAGUGGAAUUCAUGAGGGGAAUUGGAAAGACUCCCAAAAGUGCAAAGAUUUGAAGAGAAAUUUUCAAAAUGCAAAUAUAUUAAUUUAAUUAUUUGCAUUUUAUUUUAGAUUUUUCUUCAAUUUUUGCUCUUCUGAUUGGAGUUCCUCCCUUCUGCUAAAUAUAUGUUGCAUGACAAAAAGACAACUGCUUCAUCUAAAUUAAAAUUCUUUGAAUGAACUAAACAAAACUGACCUUACCAAAAGCAAUCUUCUUUCCAGAGAAAGAGGGUUUCUAGCCUUCUUGAUAUCCAUGUAAUUUUCAUUCCUCCAUGUGUUGGAAAGAAACAAAAAUCUCCGGAGUUCUAACCUAUCGGCUGAAGAAAUAGAAAAAGAAAAAGAAAAAACCAAAGAUUGGUGCUAUAAUCGUUGCAGGUGUACAAAUGAAUCAAGGAUUUUUGAAUCCGUUUGAUAGUGAUUUUAAAAAACGUUUUCAAUAUUUCUAAUACUUAAAAAAAAGUAUCAUUCAUGUGUUAGAAAAACUAGAAAUAUUUUAUAAAAUCACUGUCAAACACACUCUUCUUUUGGUUUAUGAUUUCACAAUUAACAAAUUAAUGCUUAUUUAUUUGUAAAAUAUAGAGUAUAAUCCCUAUACUAUCCUUAGAUUUGGACUUGGAUUGAGACCCUGAUUAGACUUGAAUAACAUUGAUGAAAAACCGUAAAUGUUUAAUCUCGGAUUGAAAAUGCUUCGAACUUAUUCUUAAAUUUUUGAAAGUUUGAAGAGCUUUUUAAAUCCUUGAUACUUAAAGUUUGAAAAUACUUCGAAUUUAUGUUGAAAGCUUGAAGAACUUCUUAAAUCUUUGAUACUUAUGGAGGUUAUUGAAUCCUCAAGGCCUAAUUAAACUUGUUUUAGAGCAUUCCAAUGUUUGAAUAACUUUAUUAAUUAAUUACAUUGAUUCUUUUUGAAUCCUUGAGACUCUUAGUUUGAAAGUUUACAAGUGUCUUGUAAAAGCACGGGUUGAGAAAUCCUUUUCGGUAUUAUCUCUUAAUUUUUAAGAGAUAUUAUUAUUAUUGUGUGAAAAUAAUCCAAAAUUAAUUAAUUAAUUAAUUAAUAAUUAUAUUUUUACAAUUAUAAAAACUAGUUAAUUUAUUUUUCUUUGAUGAGAAUACUAAUAUUUUUGGUAUGCCCCAUUUAGCAUAUUUUCUUAUCUUGUUAAAUACAUGAAUUGCACUCGAUAAUAAAUUAGUGAGUAAAUUUUACGGCUCUACAAAUACCCCUUUCAAAAAUUUGUUCACAUACACAAUUUUAUAACAUUCUAAGUAUUUACUUGAUACUUGUAAUCAAUGUAAAUGUGGUUUCACUUAUUUUUCAAGAAAUUUGUUCCUGCAAGGUGGAGAAUGGUUUCCUCAUUGCCUCCCAAAAACCUAAUCCUUUCUUUUAAGUAAUGAAUAUUUGGGUAAAUGUUGGCUUUGUUUCCCUUGCCCUCAGCUUUAAGUUGUAUCAAUUAAUGUAUAAAUAUUAUUUGAAUUACAAUUAUCCUAAAUUAUAUAGUCUAAUAAGUAAUAAAAUAUGUCAAUAAAAAUGUUUUUCUACAUUUUUUUUGCUUCAAAUAUUUUUUUUUAUUUUGAAAAAAUACAUAAAGUAUUGAGCUUGUUAAGCAUUUUUUUAAUUUUUUUUUCAAGUUUUACUCACUUAUUAUUAAAACGAGAGAAUAUUCAUUAACAUAAGUUUAAUUUAAUAGACAACUUCUUAUAAUUGAUUUGAAAAAAUGAAUGCAAUAUUUUCCACUUAUGAGGUUUAGAGUCUAUCAUAUUUUUUAAAAGUGUUUUUAGUUUUAAAAACAUUUUUAAAGUAAAAAAUAGGUAUUUGGUGAUAUUUUGAAAAACACUUAAGAGGUGUUCCUUUUAAUAAAAAAAAAUACUUCAAAAUUUUUAAUAUAUUCUUAAAAUACCAUUUUCCACUAUCCUCUAUUUCUCUUUCACUCUUUACUUCGUUCUCACUCUCCUCUUCCUUUUUCACUUUCUCUUUCAUAAAAAUAAUUUCUAAUUUCUUUUAACAAUAUAAAUAUUUAUAUAUUUUUUUUAAUAAAAUUUUUUGGUUUAUUAUAAUUUUUUUUAAUAAAUAACCCUUUUUAGUAAUUUAUUAUUAUUAAAAGUGUUUGAUAUAUUAUCAAAAAAUACUUCCACUAAAAACAAUGCAGGGUUGUUAAUAUACUUCCAAUUUCCAAAUACAAUAUAUACUUUAGAAUAUCGGUCUUAAUUUUUAUUAAUGAUAAAUUAGAUAUAGUUACUUUUACUAGAUGUUAAUCAAACGUUAUAAAAUAAGAGAAUACUUUUACUAAAAAUACUAGCCUCCACUGAAAAUACUUCAAGAAGAAGCGCAAUCUUAUAUGACAUGUUUAUGCCCCAAAUAUUUCGGUCAAUUUAUAUUCAAAACUGUGAAUCAAUGGAAGAAGUUAAGUAAUGAGUCUGGGGUCCUAGGAAUCAAAGAAGGCUGGGAUGUGGAGGAGUGGCGGUGCUUCUCUUCAACCCCACUGAUCUCCUUCCCCAAUCUUCUCUCAGCAUCCUUGGCCUUUACUUUCCAUCUCAGGACCAUUAGAAGUGGCAAUUUUUGGAAUGGUAGAAAUCCAAAGCCCACCAAGUUUCUCCAUCUUCAACUUCUAGCUUGUUUUAAUUUUAAGAAAAUUUUGAUGUCUUUUGUAAGUUAUAAUAUCAAUUGGGUUGAUAACUUGUUUGUUCUUUGAUGUAGACUAUUUUUUAACGUUGAUGCAUGCAAGAAUACUUAAAAUAUUCUACAUAUCUUGAUGCUACAUGGCUAUUGGAUCAAACCACGUUUGAUUACUAAUUACAGUAAAAGGAGUCCAGAUUUCCCUAGCCAGUUGUAUCUCCAUCUCCCCCUGCCUUGACUGCAACUGCCAUUGAAAUCUGUAGAAGGGGAAUCAGAAUCUAAUUUCUUCUUCUUAUAUCCAUCUCUACCAGAUGUGGUGAGACCAUAGGGUGUGAGAGGAGAAGAGGGCUUAGAGGGGGUUUCCAUCUGUCUGCAAGCGAGGUUUUGUUAUUGUUUUUUUCCUAAUGUUUGGGUAUGUUAUGGUGUUUGUUGAUGCCUUAUUUGGCUAUUUCUAAGUAGAGCUUUUAUCCAGAGAAGCAAAUAUUGACCAGAAGGAUUAAUCUACAUGGUGGGUGAAGCUCAAAGCUCCCUUCUCCUCCAUUUCUGAUCAAGUAAAACAAGGGUAAACUGAAAAGAAAAUCCAAACAAGCAAAAGAAUCUAAAAUGACAAGCACUUGAGUCAAGAGAAACCAUUAGAGCCUGUUACUUUUGAAGGCCAAUCAUUAUUUCACUCUAGAACUGCACCCAUGUUAGAAUUUUGACCAAAGUUCUUAGCACGGAAGCCAAAUUUCUUUACAUGAAGAUUAAGCAAAGCUGGUUUAUUGCCCUCUUCAAGUACCCGUAAAAAUAACAAUGUUUUCUGACAUCUGUUUGUUCAAAGAAUGAUGUUCAGCCUUCUCCGUUUCUAUAUUGAUGCUGCACCAGCAAAUGAUGAAGCCAAAUCAAGGUCAUUGGGAGUAGGAUUGGAAGAAGUCAUUCAACAAAAGAAAGUCAAUCAACAGAGAAACCAAAAAGAAGGGAUGAAGCAACAGAAUCAAUCUCAUUUGGAAAAGGAUGGUAAGAAGCUCAGAGUUGAAAACAGCAUAGUUUUCACAAAUAAAUACAUCUACAACUGCAGGGAAGAAACAGAGAAGCAAAAACAUAACUGUUUUACAUCAAAGAGAGACCUAAAAUUCAAGGAGGAAAGGGUGAAAAUGAAAUCACAUUGUUUUGAGAUAAGUAGGGGGAGCAGAGGAAGUGGACUGACUUUGGAGGUAAUUACUAGACAUGACUCCUAUUACCAAAACAAUGUUUUUCUUUGAAGAAUUUUUGUUUCUUCUUGACGAUGAUCAUAGCUUCCAGGCAGAAGAAAGAAAAAAGAAUCUUUCCCAAAUAAAUUUUCAGUUCUAACCAAAAUUCAUCUACUCUCAAACGUUAUCACCUGUUCCAGUUUUACUUCUAGUUUUGUCAUGUCACCAGGAAUCAUGAAGAAUAGAAACCCAUCAAUUUUUUUAUCUUGAAAUGGACCCCAAGUGUAGAAAAGAAAUUAGUUGGAUCAUAAAGAAUAAGAUGAUUGCAAAUUGAUGGAACCAAAAUGAUUCUUGGAGUGUACAGGGAGUAGCACUUUUAUCUGGAAACAGAAAGACAGGAUAUUGGAUGGAUGACAUUAACUUCAUAAUCCAGAGUUGAAAUAAGGCAUGGUUUUGGAGCAUCAUUGUGCUUAACUGGAAAGAAGAGUCAGAAAAAUAAAGGCAAAGAGAUGAAGUUAAAGCUGAGAGUGAGAAAAAGCAAAAGGCUUAUUAAUUUAUGUAUGCUAUUUUUCUUUCUUAAUCAACUACUGGCCCAUGAUUAAUGAUGAUCUCAAAGGUAGGCUUUUGAUAAGGAGCUGCAGACUCAUCAAACAGCAAAGAAGACGCAAAGGGCUUGAGCUUAAGGAUGGGUGAAAGCUUAAGCAUUGAUGCUAAACUCUUCAUACUGCUCCUUAUCUUGCAGUGCAGUUCUUGGAAUAAAUAAAUAAAUAAAAACCUCUAUUAUUAACGAAGAACCAUACCUUGAUCUUGGAUGGAGGGAAACUCCUCUUAUUCCUUCAUGGCUCAUGGAAGCAUGGAAUCCAUAAGUACUUAAUUGUUCAUAAAAGCAUGGAAGUUCAUUAAAUUUGAACUUCUUUCCCUCUCCAGGCUCAUACAUACUCUUUUGACCUUCUCUGAAUCCCAUCUCCCCUUCUCUUAUCACCUCUUUUUGGCUGAAUUUCAACCCUUGUUUGUGUGAUAUCCUAAGAGACGUGCCAUGGAUUGUCUGGGCUCACUCUUAGGAAUUGCCCCCUGCUUGUGUGAUUACGCUGCCAAGCAUUCAGUUUACAUCUGCGAUCUGGAAGAUAAUCUUGAGGUAUUGAGAAAUGCAAUGGUGGAACUGAAGAAUGUAAGUGAAGAUGUGAAGAGAAGGGUUGAUCUUGAAGAGCAGCAACAGAUGAGGCGUAGAAGUGAAGUAGAUGGCUGGCUCCAAAGAGUAGAAGAAAUGGAGAAUGAAGUUACUGAAAUUCUGCAAGAAGGUGAUGAAGAAAUCCAGAAGAAAUGUCUGGGAUGUUGUCCCAGGAAAUGCUGUUUGGCAUAUGAGCUUGGAAAGAUUGUGAUAAAAAAGAUCAGUGAGGUGACUGAACAAAUGAACAAAGGGCAUUUUGACGCUGUGGCAGACAGAAUGCCUCCAGCUUCAGUGGAUGAACUGCCAAUGGAGAACACUGUGGGCUUAGAUUUUAUGUAUGAGAAAGUCUGUGGCUACCUUCAAGAUGAACAAGUAGAAAUUAUUGGACUAUAUGGAAUGGGGGGUGUUGGAAAGACCACCCUCUUAAAGAAAAUCAAUAAUUAUUUCCUGACAACAAAUCAUAAUUUUGUAGUGAUAUGGGUUGUUGUAUCCAAGUCUGCAAGCAUAGAAAAAGUUCAGGAAAUAAUUCGAAACAAGCUACAAAUUCCAGAUGACAAAUGGAAAAGCAGAAGCAGCAAGGAUGAUAAAGCCAUGGAAAUAUGGAAGGUUUUGAAAACAAAGAAGUUUGUGUUGUUAUUGGACGAUAUCUGGGAGCGUCUUGAUCUCUUACAAAUGGGGGUUUCUCUUCAAGAUGAUCAAAAUAAGUCCAAGAUAAUAUUCACAACCCGAUCCGAGGAUCUGUGCCACCAGAUGAAAGCGCAGAAGAGGAUCAAAGUGGAGUGCUUGGCACCAGAAGAAGCCCUGGCUUUAUUCCAGGAGGAGGUGGGAGAAGAAUCAUUAAAUUCUCAUCCAGAUAUAACAAGGCUUGCCAAAGUUGUUGCUGAAGAGUGUAAAGGUUUGCCGCUUGCCCUUAUUACCAUCGGACGAGCUUUGGCUUCUGCAAAGACUCUCGCACGAUGGGAGCAGGCCAUAAAAGAACUGAGAAACUUCCCAGCCAAAAUUUCAGGUAUGAAAGAUGAAUUGUUUCACCGUUUGAAGUUCAGUUAUGAUAGUUUGCAAGGUGAUACCAUCAAAUCUUGUUUCUUAUAUUGUUCAAUAUUCCCAGAGGACUGUGAAAUUAGUAGUAAUAAACUGAUAGAACUUUGGAUUGGGGAGGGGUUCUUAGCUGAAGCAGGGGACAUAUACGAAGCACGUGUUCUAGGACGUGAACUUAUUCAAGUUUUAAAGCUUGCAUGUCUGUUGGAGCCUGUAGAAACUCAGGAGUAUUGUGUUAAGAUGCAUGAUGUGAUCCGUGAUAUGGCUUUAUGGAUAAGUUCCGAAUUUGGAAGGGAGAAGAAUAAAGUUUUGGUAUAUGAUCAUGCUGGCUUGUUUGAAGUACAAGAAGUUGCAAGAUGGAAGGAAGCUCAGAGGUUGUCACUGUGGAAUAUAAGUUUCGAGGAAAUCAAAGAAGUCAACGAAACCCCAAUACCAUGCCCCAAUCUCCAAACUUUUCUCAUAAGAAAAUGCAAAGAUCUGCAUGAAUUUCCAACUGGGUUUUUCCAAUUCAUGCCUGCCAUGAGAGUUUUGGACUUGUCAGGAGCUAGUUCAAUAACUGAAUUGCCUGUUGAGAUAUACAAACUGGUCUCCUUGGAAUAUCUUAAACUGUCCCAUACUAAAAUAACCAAGUUGUUAGGCGAUCUCAAGACUUUGAGAAGAUUGAGGUGCUUGUUAUUGGAUAAUAUGUAUUCACUCCGAAAAAUUCCAUUGGAAGUGAUAUCAAGCCUUCCAUCAUUGCAAUGGUUCAGUCAAUGGUUUAGCAUCUACAGUGAGCAUUUGCCUAGUGCGUUUGCAGAAGCAUUUGCAGGAGAUAAUGUACUGUUUGAUGGAGGUCGUGCCUUGUUGGAAAAGUUGGAAAGCUUGGACCACAUGAGUGAUAUAUCCAUCAACCUAUACACAUGCCUCUCCAUCAAUAUAUUAAAGGGUUCCCACAAGUUACAGAGAUGCAUAAGGCGGCUAUGCCUCAAAGCCUGCGAAGAUUUAACCUCACUUGAGCUAUCGUCUUCGUCUUUGAGAAGAAUGAAGCACCUGGAAAGCCUUUUUGUGAAAGAUUGUCUUCAACUGGAAGUUGUACAAAUCAAAGUGGGAAAAGAGGGGAGGCAAGGAUCUGACCAUAACUUCCCCAACCCAAGCUUAGAAAAAUGGUUCCACAGCCUACAUGAAGUAUGCAUUUGGAGGUGUCCAAAAUUGUUGGAUUUGACAUGGCUUAUGUAUGCUCAGAGCCUUGAAUAUCUCAAUGUUCAGAACUGUGAAUCCAUGGUACAAUUGAUAAGCAGUGAUGAUGCAUUUGAAGGAAAUCUCAGCCUAUUCUCAAGACUCACCUCACUGUUUUUGAUCAACCUGCCAAGGCUACAGAGCAUCUAUUCACUGACCUUGCUCCUUCCAUCACUGGAAACAAUCUCUGUGAUCGAUUGUAUGAUGCUAAGGCGGCUCCCUUUCGAUUCAAACACGGCAGCCAACUGUUUAAAGAAAAUCAAAGGGAAUCAAAGCUGGUGGGAUGGCUUGCAGUGGGAGGAUGAAACCAUCAGGCAGACCUUCACCAAGUAUUUUUCAAGAUGGCAGUGAUUCAAGAAAGGAGACAUCAUACCAGGCAGCUGAGGUACUGUAGGCAGUGCUACUGCUUAUCUGUAUAUCUGAAUGCUAUGUGGGCACAGGAUCCAAAUGUUCCAUUACUGGCUAUGUGUAUAUUCACAAAGCAAAUCAACUUCCAUGUUCCAAUUUUCAAGAUUUUGCAUGAACAUUUCCCAAUUU